AUUUCAGAAUCACAAUGACAACCGACUUGAUGAAAACUAUCGAGGAGGGAGAUGAUGUUGAAAACUUCUCCGAGCCCAGUGAUUCAGAGGAUGAGGGAAAACCCAUGAAGAAGAAAGCAUCCAAGAAAGUUCAGAAAGAUUUUGAUACUGGGUUUAAGUUUGUAGGGAGCCAGAAAGAGUAUAUGGAGGAUACAUGGAAUGAUAUAGCCAAGUAUGUUAAAAAGAAGGCCAAAACAACGUUAGACGACAAGAUUGCCAAAUUCCGGAGGGAGCGAAAGGAUAAAGGCGGAGAAGAGAUAGUAAUAUCUGGCAGUGAGGCGGAGACAGAUGACAGUCUUUCCGAUGAUGAGAUGGUUGCAGAUAAUAUUAAGAUAAAAGAACGGGACGCGAAGCGAAAGCUCCGUCGUGCAGCAAAGAACCCUGGAGAAGGAGAUACAGGGAUAGAAAUCAAGAUGGAGGAGGAUGAGUCCGAAGAGGAAGGAUUCUUUGACGAUACACCCGUAUUCGACGACAAGGCAUCCUUCACCUCUAUGAACCUGUCCAGACCACUAUUAAAGGCUAUAGAAGAGUUAAGGUUUAUCCAUCCUACUCCUAUCCAAGCUGCAACUAUACCUGUAGCUCUACUAGGCCGGGAUAUCUGUGGUUGCGCCGCUACAGGAACCGGAAAGACUGCUGCGUAUAUGCUGCCUGUAUUGGAGCGUCUACUAUACAGACCGAAGGAGGUUGCUGUUACAAGGGUUCUUGUCCUUGUUCCUACCAGAGAGUUAGGUGUACAGGUCUACCAAGUUACAAAACAGUUGGCUCAGUUUACAACUGUGGAGGUUGCUUUAUCUGUUGGAGGAUUGGAUCUGAAGACCCAAGAAUCCAUCAUGAGACGGAAUCCUGAUAUUGUAAUCGCUACUCCGGGUCGUUUAAUUGAUCACGUGAAGAAUACUCCAACCUUCUCCCUGGAGAGUAUAGAAGUUCUAAUUUUAGACGAAGCAGAUCGUAUGUUGGAGGAGAGUUUCUUUGAGCAGAUGAGGGAGAUUAUUAAAUCCUGUGCCAGGACUAGACAAACCUUACUCUUCUCCGCUACCAUGACAGAACAGGUUAAUCAAUUGGCGACAGUAUCUCUGAAUAAACCACUGAAAAUAUUUGUGGACAGUAAUAAACCCUCAGUGCAUGGAAUGUCAUUUGAAAUUACGCGAACAGCCCCUUAAAUCAUAUUUACGAUUUUUUCAAUUUUACAUAAUUUUACUCUUUUCUCCAGGUUACAUAUAAUGCUGGGUUUACUUGGAGUAAGAGUAGGAGAACUCCACGGAAAUAUGUCCCAGCCGCAGCGUUUGGAUACACUCAAGAGGUUUAAGGAGGAUGAGCUUGACGUUCUCCUGGCUACUGAUGUAGCUGCUCGAGGGUUGGAUAUUAGAGGAGUAAAGACAGUAAUUAACUUUACGAUGCCAACAACACUAGAACAUUAUAUACACAGGGUCGGAAGAACAGCUAGGGCGGGCAGAGCCGGCAGAUCCGUGUCUAUCUCUGGAGAGUCUGAGAGGAAGAUGGUCAAAGAGAUUGUUAGACGGGCCCGUGAUCCUGUUAAAUCCAGGGUUAUCCCAACCGAUAUCGUGGAGAAGUACAGGAAGAAGCUGGCAACAAUAGAAGAGGACGUGAAGAAGGUGAUAGAGGAGGAGACGGCGGAGCGAGAGAUCGCCAAGGUUGAGAACAAGGCGAACAGGUUGCAGAACAAGAUCAACGACAAGGUGGAGGAUCCGGACAGGGUCUGGUUUCAGUCCAAGCAGGAGAGAUUAGACGAGAAGAAUAAACUUAAAGAAGAAAACAGAAAGAUAACAAAGAAAAUGAAGAAGAAGAAGGAAGCAGCUACGCCGGUUGAUCCGGCAGAGGCGAAGGAACAAAAAGCGUUAGAGAUGGAAGCCAACUUCGUUGCCAGGCAAGCCAAGAGGAGCAGGAAACCUAAGAAAAUGUCAGUUUUUAAGGAGGACAGCAUUAGAGAAAAGAAACCUAAAAAGGGUGGGAAAAAAUCUAAAUCUUCAUUUGACGAUGAUGUUAGAAAAGGUGGCGGCGGAAUAAGUAGAGGAGGGGGCGGAGGAGGCAUGAAAAGAGGAGGUGGAGGCGCUAAAAGAGGGGGCGGAGGAAUGAAGAGAGGAGGCGGAUUCGGAGGAGUAAAGAAAGGAGGAAAAAUUGGUGGUAUUAAGAAAUCGCUGAAACCUAAAAAGAACAAAUGAAGUUCUUCAUUCUUUUUUGUUUUAUAAAAUAAAUUUUAUAUUUUCGCGAACCAGAAAAUUUAUCGUUUUCAGA